UAUUUUUAUUCGGAGAUCUAAAGUCGUCGUGAGAUCAGCCUCUGAAGCCGAACGAAAAAGUUAACAUUUCGUUUUCGUAUUUUUAUUAUCAUCUACGCGACGAACACUUGCGGAAUCCAUUGAUUGAUCACGAUAUUUUAUUUUGAAGAAUAAUUCACCGACGAAUCACACAUAAAAACGAUAUAUUUUUAUUUAAACAAUAGAUAAUGACUAUUCCCCUGGUGCAUAGAGCAGUGAAGCUGGUGGAUCGGAGAAUAUUAUCAAGAUUGUAUUCAACCAACAACAAAUUGGUGGAUGUCACUCAAAAUGAGAAGACGGGUGUAACUACGGUGUCGCUGAAUCGACCGCCUGUAAAUGGUUUGAACCUGGAGUUGUUGACUGCUUUGAAGGAAUCACUUGUAGAAGUCCAGAAGAAUGGGAGCAAAGGCCUCAUCCUCACGUCAUCCCUGCCAACGGUGUUCUCAGGUGGUCUUGAUAUCCUGGAAAUGUACAAGCCAGACCUAAAGAGGUGCACUGAGUUCUGGACGACCUUGCAAGAUACCUGGCUGAUAUUGCAUGGUUUAGGAUUGCCUGCAGUAGCUGCUAUCAAUGGAGCAAGUCCUGCUGGAGGUUGUCUUCUAGCCAUCAGCUGCGAAUAUCGAAUUUUCGUGACCGGUAAACACACGAUAGGUUUGAAUGAAACGAAACUUGGAAUUAUUGCGCCUUUCUGGUUCCAAGAGCCGUACAUCGCAGCCAUCGGGGCGAGACGUGCAGAAUUGGCCCUAUUGAGAGGGGAGCUGUUCACCCCGGAGAAGGCACUGGAAUGCGGUCUUGUUGAUGAAUUAGCAAGCAGUAAAGAAGAUGCCAUUGCCAAGGCUGAACAGUACAUUGCCUAUUACGAAAAAAUUCCUCUAUCUGCAGUGGCAGCAACGAAAGCUAUUUUCCGCGCUUCUGUAAUAGAGAAAUUGAAGAAGACUCGAGCAGAAGAUACAGAACAGUUCAUUGCUACAGUCCAAGCUCCAAACGUUCAAACUAGUUUAGACCUAUACCUCCAAGCCCUCAAGAAGAAGUCUAAAUAGCUUGUGAUUAUGGAUUCAUUCAUAAUCAGUGGUGAUGGAAAUUUCUUCGUUAUACCUUCAGACAUGAAAUAUUUUCGUACUUUCAUAUACAGUUGUUAUUAUUAUAUUACAUUCUAUUGUUAUUUUUCGGAAUUUUUUCAAAAUAGGUACGAAUAAAAUCGCAGAUCAAUAGAA